UGUACCUUCUUCUCUAUUCUUUUCAGCUUGAACGUUGCUGACAAUUACUACAACCUGAAAAUGUCUGCAGGAUACAGCAGAACAAAUAACCAGGAGCUGAGAAUGGUGAUGGUGGGGAAAACCGGCAUUGGAAAGAGUGCCACUGGAAACAACAUACUGGGACGACCAUGCUUUGAGUCCAAGUUUAGUUCAAAGUCGAUGACUGUGGACUGUUCUAAGGGCAGAGGUACAGUAGAUGGACAAAAGGUUACCGUUAUUGACACCCCAGGUCUCUUUGACACCAGGUUUGGCAUGGACAAGACAACUGCAGAUUUAAGCCAGUGCAUCUCUUAUGCUUCUCCUGGACCCCAUGUGUUCCUGGUGGUCAUCGGACUGGGCAGAUUCACUCCAGAAGAGAAGCAGACAGUGCAAAGGAUUCAAGAAAUCUUUGGUGAGGCAGCAGACAGAUACAGCAUGGUUCUAUUUACUAGGGGGGAUCAACUUGAAGACCAAACCAUUGAGGACUUCAUAAAUGAUGACCAAGACCUGCUGGAGCUCGUGAACAGAUGUAACGGCCAGUACCAUGUCUUCAAUAAUAAAAAAGAAGAUCCCUCUCAGGUCACUGAGCUGCUCCAGAAGAUCAGAAGUAUUGUCCAGAAGAACGGAGGAAGCCACUACACCAACGAGAUGUUCCAAAAGGCUGAGAGGGCAAUCGAGGAGGAGAAACAACGCAUCCUGAAAGAGAAAGAGGAGCAAAUACGCAAAGAAAGAGAAGAACUUGAGAGGGAAGUACAGCAAAAGUAUAAAAACAGAUGAAGAGGAUCAGUGAUGAACUCCGGGCUGAGAGAGAGAGAGAGAAACAGGAGAGGAUGAGGGAGAAGGAGGAGAUGACAGAGGAGAGAAAGAGGGAGA